GGUCCCAAAGAAAAAUACGCACACCUACUCCCUUCAUUCUCUAUCCUCUCCACUCAUAAUAUAUACAUCUAAAUGCAAUCUCUCCAAUUUGCACCCAAUUUCUUCGAAUCAACUUAUCAAUGGCCUCAUCAGCUGCGAUGUUCAUGCUCCCUCUUCCUCUAACUCAGCAGAUAACAACAAACAAUACUCUGCAGACUACAGCCACACCGGAACCGUCAGCCUCCAUAGUUAAAUGCCUUUUUCCGGCGAGAAACUCAUCGGAAAGUUCUGCUCGUUCGAAGUUUAGUCUUUGGCUAUUUGGCAAUCCCGCUACGUAUGACAAGAGGUUCCAAGAAGCUAUUGAACUUAGUUGCUUGUGAUGGAGAUUUGGAGAUUUUUCCUAGUCUUUUUCUUGUGUUUUUUAAAUGGACAUAUUGUAAUUUCUUCCCAAGUCUCACCCUCCGCUGUAAUUUAUCUAAUAAUCAAUUCGAUCAAAGAUGUUCCGACUG